AUGUCCCGGCCUAGCAGCAGAGCCAUUUACUUGCACCGGAAGGAAUACUCCCAGAACCUGACCUCAGAGCCCACUCUCCUGCAGCACAGGGUGGAGCACCUGAUGACAUGUAAGCUGGGGACACAGAGAGUCCAGGAGCCCAAGGAUGCCCUGCAGAAGCUUCAGGAGCUGGAUGCACAGGGCCGGGUGUGGAGCCAAGACCUGAUUCUGCAGGUCAGAGAUGGCUGGCUCCAGCUGCUGGACAUUGAGACCAAGGAGGAGCUGGACUCUUACCACCUGGACAACAUCAAGGUCAUGGAUGUGGCGCUGAACACCUGCUCCUACAACUCUGUGUUGUCCAUUACUGUGCAGGAGUCUGGCCUGCCAAGCACCAGCACUCUGCUUUUCCAGUGCCAGGAAGUGGGGGCAGAGAAGUUGAGGACCAGCCUGCAGAAGGCCCUGGAGGAAGAGCUGGAACAAAGACCUCAAUUUGGAGGCCAUCAUCCAGGCCAGAAGAGAUGGAGGGAAACUUCUCUAGAAAGGCCACUCCCUAUAAAUCAGGUACCCCCUGUGGAGCAGGGGUCCUCUCCAGAACAAUCCUACAAGAGAACCUCAGAGCACAGCCUCCCGCCAUCCCCAAGGCCCCUGGUACGCUAUCACAGUUCCCAAGAACAAAGUGCCUUCACUCCGCCUCCUCGAAGACUGUCCUCAUCCCCUGAGAACCCAGAGAGGGAUGAGGAUAUGCUGAACCAUGUCCUAGGGGACAUCGAGCUGUUCACAGGAAAGCUGAAGGAUGUCCAGGCAAAGACCAGCCAUAAGAAGAAGAGAAGGCUUGGGAAAAAAAAGAACAAGGCUCAGGGGGGGAUCACAGAGGCACAGUACAUUGACUGCUUCCAGAAGAUCAAGCUCAGCUUCAACCUCCUGGGGAAUCUGGCCAUCAGGUUACAGGAGACAAGUGCCCCUGAGUUCAUACACAUCAUCUUCCAAACUCUGAACUACAUCCUGUCCCAGUGCCCCGACACUGGCCUGGCAGCCCAAGUAAUCUCACCCUUGCUCACCCGCAAAGCCAUUGACCUGCUGCAGUCCUGUCUAAGCCCAUCUGAGAAUAACUUCUGGAAGGGGCUUGGCAUGGCCUGGACCACCAGCCAGGACAACUGGACAGGCACCGAGCCCCCGCCCUACCAACCCAUAUUCUAUGAUGGCUGGCAGCCCUCCUCUCCGGCACCCUUAAGACACCAGGACUCUGUGUCCCUCAGAAGCCCUAGGUUAGGAAGCACCUCACGCUUUGCUCAAGAGGAGACAAACAACUACAGCCCUCAGCCUGGGGACCCCAACUUCCAACCCUCCAGUCCCAAGUCUGCUGAGCCAAUUCUAAAAAUGCAAGUGCUGUAUGAGUUUGAAGCAAGGAACCCACAGGAACUGACUGUGAUCCAGGGAGAGGUGCUGGAGGUGCUGGACCACAGCAAGCGGUGGUGGCUGGUGAAGAACGAGGCAGGAAAGAGUGGCUACAUUCCCAGCAACAUCCUGGAGCCCCUGCAGUCCAGGGCCCCUGGGAGCCAGGGCCAGUUGCCUCCUCGGGCGCCAAUGCUUCGACUUAGCUCAAAACCUGAGGAGGUCACAGCAUGGCUGCAGGCAGAGAACUUCUCCACUCUCACGGUGAGGACCCUCGGGUCCUUGUUAGGGAGCCAGUUACUUCGCAUGAGACCUGGGGAGCUACAAAUGCUAUGUCCACAUGAAGCCCCACGGAUCUUGGCCCGGCUGGAGGCUGUCAGAAGGACACUGGGGAUAAGCCCUUAG